AUGGCUUCAAUUUCAAAUACGACAUUUGAAACCCAACCUAACAUUGCUAUUGAUGAUCUUACUCAACAUGCAUUUGCUGUUCUUGGUAAAAAUGGUGAAAUACCAGGUGCAAGAGAACAUACCUGUUCUGAAUGUACUAAGCCAUUCAAACGAACAGUGCAGGAUACAGAGUGGAUUCCAGGUACACUUGAUGUUAAUAUGUUAACUUUGGAUGGUGUUGUUAUGGGUCCACAGAUUUGUGCUUUUGAUGAUUGCACCAAUGACCUUCUCAAUGCUCAUGGUGGUGCACUCUGUGCAACACAUGAAGCUUUACUUGCAAAUAAAUGUCGUGUGGUUGGCUGUUCUAAAGACAAGAUUCAAGGAACACAAGCUUGUGCUGAACAUGUUGCUGACUGGAAGAAAAGUAUCCAUGAUCGCAGUAAAGCCACCAUCAAUGGUAUUCGGCGUGUUCUUCAAUAG